AUGACCCGGUCUGCCCGGAGCGUCCUCAUCGUCUACGGCUCAGAGACGGGAAACGCCCAAGACAUAGCAGAGGAGCUGGGUAGACUGUGCACACGGCUUCGCUUCGCCAACCGAGUCGACGAGCUUGAUGCCAUUGAUCUGAGUGCCCUCCUCGAGUAUGGCCUCGUCAUCUUCGUCAUCUCGACCACGGGUCAGGGAGAUAUGCCUCACAACUCACUCCUCUUCUGGCGCAAACUACUUCGAAAGAGGUUACCUCCGGGCUGUCUCGACCAGCUGAGGUAUACGUGCUUCGGUCUAGGAGAUAGCACCUAUGUCAAUACUUCAAGAUUCAAUUGGGCCGCCCGCAAGCUCAUCCGUCGCCUAGAGCAGCUCGGAGCCAGUCCCUUUUUCGACUCGUACGAAGCAGACGAGCAGUUCCAAGACGGAAUCGAAAGCCUCUUCUCCUCCUGGACAAAACGCCUGACCAAGCGCCUCCUGGAACUCAACCCCCUCCCGGAAGGUCUGACCCCCAUCCCCGAUGACGUACUCCUCCCGCCCCGGUGGCCGCUAGCCCCGGCCCUAGACAGACUGCAAGACGGCCCCGGCGCCGUGGUACACGCGGACCCGGAACCUCUCCUCGCCGGUCCGCCGCCGUCGCGGGCCCUCCCCCUACCAGGCGGCCGGGACGCCACCAUGGUAUCCAACAGGCGUCUGACUCCGGACACGCACUGGCAAGACGUCCGGCUGGUAUCGUUCGACAUCGCCGGCAGCGACAGCAACGGCGACGUCUUCCCCUGCAACCCGGGCGACUGUCUGACCAUCUAUCCCCGCAACUUCCCCGAGGACGUCGACAGGCUCAUCAAUCUCCUCGGCUGGACCGCCCAGGCAGACCGCCACCUGGACCUGUCCAUCCUGCCCUCCCUCCCCCGGGGACUCCACCCCGCCCGCCCGUGCACCCUACGCACCCUCCUCCUGGAGAACAUCGACAUCACCGCCGUGCCGCGCCGCUCCUUCCUGCGCAGCUUAUCCUACUUCGCCACCGACCCCGACCAGCGCGACCGUCUCCUCGAGCUCUCCCGCGACGAAUACGUAGACGAGUACUUUGACUACGCCGCCCGCGCCCGCCGCACCAUCCUCGAGGUCCUGGACGAGUUUCACUCCGUCCGUCUCCCCGCCGACCGUCUCCUCGACGUCUUCCCCCUCAUGCGCGGUCGCGACUUUAGCAUCGCCAGCUACGCAGGAUCAUCAACAACAGCAGCAGAAGCAGCAGCAGCAGCGACACCCGUCUCGGUGACGACAAACGGGUUCCCUUCUCCCUCCCCUUCUGCCCCACAGGUCCGCGUCGACCUCAUCGUCGCCCUGGUCCGCUACCGCACCAUCCUCCGCCGUCCCCGUCAGGGCCUAUGCUCACGCUACCUUGCUUCCCUGCUCCCCCCCGCCGCCCUGCGAGUCACUCGGAAAUCUGUCCUGACGCCCAUCCACGGUCCCGCCAACGCCAGGAGACCCCUCGUAGCCAUGGUCACGGGCACGGGCAUCGCACCCGUCCGCUCCCUCGUCCAGGAACGCCUCUCCCACUACCGCGACGCCCCACCGCCGCCAAUGGUCCUCUUCUUCGGCAACCGCAGCCGGCAGACGGACUACUUCUUCUCGGAGGAGUGGGAGCAUCUGUCCCGCCAAGGCCUCCUCAGCGUCUUCACCGCCUUCUCCCGAGACCAGCCUGACAAGGUCUACGUUCAGCACCUCGUUCGUCGCGAGGCCAUCCUGGUCGCCGACUUGAUAGCCCAGGACGCCAUCUUCGCCGUCUGCGGCGGCUCCACCAAGAUGGCCGACGCGUGCAAGGAUGCCGUGUUUGAGCCGUAUAGGCAGGGAGCUCCGGCUGGUGAGGCUGACGCCCGCGAGGAGAAGUUGGCUUCGUUGACUUGGUGGCAGGAGAUCUGGUGA